AACAGUAAUACAGUUAGAGAGAGAGAGAGAAAGAGAGGACCUUGAAGGCUCCAACCAUCUGUUUCUUCGCCUUCCCGCUAACCAAAUCGUUUCCUUCCCUCCGACUAUAACUACAGUGAGGAAACUUAGUCAGGCUCCUCCUUCCAUCUCUCUCUCUCUCUCUCGUCGUCUCCUAUAUAUAUUCUUUGGAGAAUUACCAGUGAAUGCAACGCAUGAUUCGUCAAUAAAUCGCGCUACCUACCUCUUGAGGGAAGUGAAAGAGCUUAUUAAAUUAAACUUUGAUGCCUCUAUCUCGUGGAGCUGCGAUGGGGUUGCAUUCUUUUUGUAAUAUCUUUGUUUGGAGAUCAUGUGCAACUAUUUCGCUAUGGAUUUCUAUAUUAAUCUUCCUCCAGAAUGCUGGAGGAAUACUCUCAACUUCCAACUAUUUAAUUGGACUUGGGAGCUACGACAUUACAGGGCCAGCAGCUGAUGUUAAUAUGAUGGGAUAUGCGAAUGCUGAACAGAUUGCAUCUGGUGUUCACUUUAGAUUGCGAGCUCGCACAUUUAUUGUGGGUGUUCCACAGGGAAAUCGGGUAGUAUUUGUAAAUCUCGAUGCUUGCAUGGCCUCUCAACUCGUGACCAUUAAAGUGCUUGAGAGGUUGAAGGCAAGGUAUGGGGACUUGUACACUGAAAAGAAUGUUGCUAUUAGUGGUAUUCAUACCCAUGCUGGACCUGGUGGUUAUCUCCAAUAUGUUGUCUAUAUUGUGACAUCUCUAGGAUUUGUGCGCCAAUCAUUUGAUGUUAUUGUUGAUGGCAUUGAGAAAAGCAUCAUGCAAGCUCAUGAAAAUCUCCGACCAGGAUCAAUAUUUGUGAAUAAAGGGGAGCUCUUAAAUGCUGGCAUAAAUCGCAGUCCUAGUGCUCACCUAAACAAUCCUGCAGAAGAACGCAGCAGAUACAAGUAUGAUGUUGAUAAGGAAAUGACUCUUCUAAAGUUUGCAGAUGAUGAAUGGGGCCCUGUGGGUAGCUUUAACUGGUUUGCUACUCAUGGAACUUCUAUGAGUCGCACAAACUCAUUGAUAAGUGGGGACAAUAAAGGAGCUGCUGCUCGAUUUAUGGAAGACUGGUUUGAGCAGAAUAAUGUUGGAAGCUCAUAUUUGGAUGAGGCUGGAUCUGAUCGAGUGCCUCGAAGAGUCUCAAAUAUUAUUCCUGAUGUUUAUGAAAACUAUCAUGAGUUGCUUGAGCUUGCUGCCUCCUUCCAGUCUUCUCCUGGCAGACCAGCAACCAGGCUUUUGAGUGUUGCAAAAAGGGUUCGGAGCUCUUUCAGGCAGGCUGAUAGGCCUGGCUUUGUAUCGGCAUUUUGUCAAACAAACUGCGGUGAUGUUAGCCCAAAUGUACUUGGUACAUUCUGCAUAGACACUGGCCUACCUUGCGAUUUCAAUCACAGUACAUGUGGUGGGAAAAAUGAGCUGUGCUAUGGCCGAGGACCAGGUUAUCCAGAUGAAUUUGAGAGUACACGAAUUAUUGGAGAGAGACAAUUCAAAAAAGCUCUGGAUCUUUUCAACAAAGCAUCUGAACAAUUGAAGGGGAACGUUGAUUCUCGUCACACUUACUUGGACUUCUCCAACCUUGAGGUGACAGUUCCUAAACAGGGAGGAGGUUAUCAGACUGUACAUACAUGUCCAGCUGCAAUGGGAUUUGCAUUUGCUGCUGGAACAACAGAUGGACCUGGAGCUUUUGAUUUUACGCAAGGAGAUGUCAAGGGAAAUCCAUUUUGGAGGUUGGUGCGCAACUUACUCAAAACACCAGGCAAGGAGCAGAUUGAUUGUCAAAAACCGAAGCCCAUCCUUCUUGAUACUGGUGAAAUGAAGAAACCAUAUGACUGGGCGCCUUCUGUACUUCCAAUACAGAUUCUUCGAAUAGGGCAGCUAGUCAUUCUCAGUGUACCUGGAGAAUUCACAACAAUGGCUGGAAGGCGUUUACGUGAGGCUGUGAAGACAGUUCUUACUAGUGGAGGCAGCAGAGAUUUCAACAAUGUUCAUGUUGUCAUAGCUGGCUUGACAAAUACGUAUUCACAAUAUGUGACUACCUUUGAGGAAUACCAGGUGCAACGAUACGAGGGUGCCUCAACUCUUUUUGGUCCACAUACGCUGAGUGCCUACAUUCAGGAGUUUAAGAAGCUCGCAACAGCUCUUAUCAAUGGCCAAACCAUCGAGCGCAGCCUGCAACCACCAGACCUUCUGGACAAGCAAAUAAGCUUUCUCACACCCGUUGUUAUAGACAUGACUCCACCCGGUGUACAUUUUGGAGACUUAAGUUCCGAUGUCCCUAAGAACUCCACUUUUAGCAAAGGUGACACAGUGACAGUAACUUUCUGGUCAGCUUGCCCCAGGAAUGACCUCAUGACUGAAGGUACGUUUUCUCUUGUGGAGAUCCUCCAUGGGAAGGAUUCUUGGGUACCAGCUUAUGACGACGACGACUUCUGCCUCCGGUUCAAGUGGUCGAGGCCAACAAUACUCAGUUCUCGAAGCCAAGCAACCAUAGAAUGGAGAAUUCCAACAUCUGCAGCCGAUGGGGUGUAUAGAAUAAAGCAUUUUGGGGCCGCGAAGGGUCUUGUGGGGACAGUACACCAUUUCACAGGUUCAUCCAGCGCAUUUGUCGUGAUAUAAGAGAGUUCAUAAUGCUUGUGUACUGUGGUUGGAAGUCUUUGGGCUAUCUUCUUAUCCUUAUGUUCUGUGCAUUACAUAGUAAUCAUAUCCAUGUUGAGCAAAUACUUGGCGUAGAAAUCUUAAAUUCCUUUAUUCAUAUCAUUAUGUUCAUGUUGUAUUUUAUGAGUUUAAGCCAAUAACUGAGGCUUCUUUGGUUGAUUCUCUAGGAUGUGUGCAAAACAAUAAUGGUAAGGUUUGAUUGUUGAAUAGAUUGAGCUGAAAAUAAGAUGGUUAUUGUAAAAGAAAA